AUGUUAUCAAUAGUAGACAAUUCGUUACGUGUAGUUAACUUUAUGUUUUUAGUUAUCAUUCUAGGUUUAAUUGGCUCUUUAAUUGCUACCUCUGAGUCUGGAAACCAUUCUCCUAGGGUUAACUUUUGUAUUUUCACUGCUGCCUUUGGUUUGCUUUUUGACUCCUUUUAUGCCAUUUUAGCUAAUUUCUUUACUGCAUUUGCUUGGCCUAUCAUUCUAGUUGUUUUAGACUUUUUGAAUUUUGUGUUCACCUUUGCCGCAGCUACUGCCUUGGCUGUUGGUACUAGAACACACUCCUGUACUAACCAAAGUUAUUUAGAUUCCAAUUCUAUUAUGCAAGGUUCCACUGAUAGAUGUAGAAAGGCUCAAGCUUCCACUGCAUUUUUAUAUUUUUCCUUCUUUAUCUUUUUGGUUAAAUUAAUUAUGGAUUUGAUUUCCUUAGUGACUACCGGUGCCUUUGGUUCCUUUGGUGGUGGUCUGGGCAGAAAAAGAACUACUGCUCCAGUUGGUGGCAUUCCAACUGGCGGUGUUCCAACAACUUCUGGUGGUCCAACCAUUUCUCAAGUUUAA